AUGCAGGGUACACUGAAUAGACCCUUGGAGGGGAAAUUCGGCAUCGUGACGGGGGGCUCAAGGGGCAACUCUACAGCACGCAUUCAUGAUCUCUGCGAGGGGUUAAAGGCAACAUGCGGCAUCCAGUGCUUUGCUCAACAGGCUGACCUCGGCAAUCCUGUAGAAGCAGUUGAGAAAAUCCUAUUCGCAGCUCGGCAACACUUCGUAGCUCUGCAGGGUAGCAGUCACCUCCAGAUCGACAUUCUCAUAAACAAUGCCGGUAUCUCAGAGAAUAGAUUUCUCAACGACCCCGAGAGAGGCCCGAUCGACGUCGACACGUUCAAUAAGCAGUAUAAUGUCAAUGUGCUCGCACCUCUGCUCCUAACCCAGGCCAUCGCGCCAUACUUGCCUCGCAACCGGUCUGGACGUAUCGUUAACUUAUCCAGCAUCAGUACUAGCCUGGGACUUGCCGGCCAGAGCGUCUACGCUGGCACAAAGGGGGCAUUGGAAGCAAUGACGCGAACUUGGGCGCGAGAAUUGGGCGAUCGCGCGACCGUCAACGCGGUUAACCCUGGUCCAGUGCUGGGUGAUAUGUACUGGGCAGCCGGGGAGGGGUUUUGGAAAAGAAUGCAAGGGUGGCAGGAUAACACACCGGGGAGCAAUAUGAUUGUCGAGCCAGGUUUUACGGGAACUGGCGAGGAGAGGCUGAGUGAAGAAGACUUGGAGACGGUUAGGGAGAAGAUGGGAGGUAGAAGACCAGCGUUUACGGACGAGAUAGCUGGGGUGGUGGGGAUGCUAUGUACGAAAGAUGCAGCCUGGUGUACAGGGAGUGUGAUUUGUGCAAAUGGAGGUUUGAGGAUGAGUAUAUAA